AUGACACUCAAGAGAUAUUUGGAAGCUUGUGUAUUCUUCCUGUCUACCUUAGUGGUAGCUCAAUGGAACAUCACUAACACAACGUCAACGAAUGCGAGUACAUUUGACCCGCUUCAAUACGUUAAUCAACUCAUUGGUACUAACAAUGGUGGGAAUGUUUUUGCAGGAGCUACGCUUCCAUACGGAAUGGCGAAGGCGGUCGCUGAUGUUAAUGGUCAAAAUACUGCUGGGUUCUCUACGGAUGGUAGCAAUGUGACCGGAUUCUCACAUAUGCAUGAUUCUGGCACGGGUGGAAAUCCUUCGCUGGGUAAUUUUCCACUAUUUCCGCGAUACUGUCCUGAUGAUGCCAUUGAUAACUGCAAAUUUUUGAUCACAGAUCGAGCUACGCCGUAUGUUCUUGACUCUGUUGUAGCUACGCCGGGAUAUUUUGGAUUAAGUCUAGCGAACGGGAUUCAUGCAGAGAUGACAGUUUCAGAACAUGCUGCUCUUUAUCAUUUCAAUUUUCCUGCAGAAACUUCUGCAAAUGGGACAGCAUUAAGUCCGCUCAUUCUCUUGGACUUGACGGAUUUGGGUGCCACUAGACAGAAUGCCACCAUUAGCGUUGCCGACAAUGGCCGCAUAAAAGCAAACGGGACAUUCAUUCCAAGUUUUGGAAGUGGCUCAUUUAUGUCAUAUGUCUGUGUUGACUUCUCUGGAGCAAGCAUACUAGACACCGGGAUAUGGGUCAACAAUAGAGGAGGAACGAAGCCAAAGGAACUAUUCGUCACGAGAGGCAUAAACCUCUUCUAUAUUCAGGCUGGAGCUUUUAUUCGCUUCAACGCACCGACCAAUAGAACUGUCAGUGCCAGAGUGGGUGUCAGUUUCAUUAGCUCGGAUAAAGCUUGCCAGAAUGCAGAAAAUGAAAUUCCAGAUUGGGAUUUUGCUGGGCUCAAGAAAACAGCUGAGAAUGCAUGGAGGGAGAAAUUGGGUGUUGUGACUGUGGAACCUGGGAAUGGUAGUGAUACUUCACUAUUGACCAACUUCUAUAGCGCGAUUUAUAGGACUAUGAUGUCCCCACAGAAUUAUACUGGCGAGAAUCCGCUAUGGGAAAGUAGCGAACCAUACUUUGAUUCGUUUUACUGUAUAUGGGAUGCAUUCAGAUCACAACUCCCAUUCCUCACAAUAAUUGAUCCAUCCGCCCUGUCGGAGAUGAUCCGCAGUCUCCUCGAUACCUACAAAAACAUUGGCUGGCUGCCAGAUUGUCGCAUGAGUCUCUGUAAAGGCUUCACUCAAGGAGGUUCAAAUGCCGAUAAUGUUAUAUCUGACGCAUAUGUCAAGAAUCUCACCGGUAUAGACUGGCAACUUGCCUACGAGGCAGUCGUUAACGAUGCAGAAAACGAGCCAUUAGAUUGGUCCAACGAAGGACGUGGUGGUCUCAUGUCCUGGAAAGCGCUAAACUAUAUCCCGUACCUUGAUUACGAUUAUUUAGGUUUCGGUACAAACUCUAGAAGUAUUUCUAGAACUUUGGAAUAUUCUUAUAAUGAUUUCUGUGUCUCAACUCUUGGAAAAGGAUUGGGGAAAUCAGACUAUACGAAGUAUCUAAAGCGUGCGACGAAUUGGCAAAAUCUGUGGAAGGAAGAUCAGACAUCGUAUAUUAAUGGUGUAGAUACAGGGUUUACAGGAUUCUUUCAGCCUAAAUAUCUUAAUGGGACGUGGGGAUACCAGGAUCCGAUACUGUGCAGGCGUCCCGCCCUCUCCGCCUCUCGUGCUCACAUGUACAUUCCCGCCUACUUCAACGACUCCACCAUCGGACUACCCGGCAACGACGACACCGGCGCCAUGGCAUCCUUCACUGCCUUUUCCAUGAUGGGAUUAUUUCCCAACCCUGGACAAAAUGUAUAUCUAAUCAUGCCGCCCUUUUUCGAAUCCGUCAGUUUUAUAAACGAAAAUGGAAAGAAAAGUGCGAUUAGGAAUUUGGGAUGGGAUGGUGGUGUCAAGAAUAUUUUUGUGCAGAGCGCGAAGGUGAAUGGAGUGGUGUGGAAUAGGAGUUGGAUUGGUCAUGAAUUUUUCACUGAGGGUCAGACGUUAGAGUUAGUUUUGGGUGAUUCGGAGAGUGAUUGGGGGACUAAGGAGGGGGAUUUACCUCCUAGUAUGAGCAUUGGUAAUAUGAGGUUCUAG